AUGCCUUGCAGCAAAGGCAGCGACCAGGGUAUAGGACCACAGAUUGAUCCUGCCUGCCGCGAAUUCGACUUCACUCUGCUUUUCGAGGACAUCUUCUUUGGUGUUGUUCCCUAUGGGCUCUUCUUGCUGUUCGUUUCAGUGCGCAUCUGGCUGCUCUGGAAGCGGCCAGAGAGGGCCUUUGUUCACAAGUCUCGAAACGUCUGCAAAUUGGCAGGAUUGGCCAGUCUACUUGUGUUUCGGGUACUCACGAUCGUCUUUCGUGCCAGGGCACCAGCUUUGAGUACCGCUGAUGCUUUGCCACGUGGGAUUCUUGCUGCAAUAUUCGCGCUUGCCUCUGUGCCGUUGCCUUACCUGGAGCAUCGACGCUCAUCACGACCUUCCGACGUUCUGGUUCUCGCAUACACGCUAUUGGUUCUCCUCUCUAUUCCCUACGUCCGCACGCUGUGGCUAAUGCCCACCGACGACAUCAACAAAGCGCUGGGCACAAUCACCAUCGCUUUGACCGCCGCCGUCGUGUGGUUAGAGUCGCUCGGCAAAGCAGACCAUGUCGAAAAAGUUUCGGAGAAGGUGGCCAUGGAGCAGACAGCUGCUUUCUGGAGCCGUGCUUUCUUCACAUGGCUGUUGCCAAUAUUGCGGAUGGGAUACUCCAACGUGUUUCGGCUGUCAGAAUUACCUGCCGUGGACAGACCGUUGACUGGUGCGUCCACGCAGCCGAGAUUGGCCAAUGCGUGGAGGAACUCUUCGCCUGCCCACUUUCGACUGCUGUUGGCGACACUCAAGGCUUACUGUCGGUCCUUUGCCUCGGCAAUUCUGCCUAGACUGACACUAUCGGCUUUCACCUUCUGCCUGCCGUUCCUCAUUGAGACGGCAGUGGCCUAUCUCAACGAGAGCUCCGAUUCGAGCCACAGAUAUUAUGGUCCCAGCAUUGUGGGGGCCUUCAUAUUAGUCUACGUCGGGAUCGCGGUUUCGAGGGCAGUGUAUUGGCAUGCGACAUAUCGGAUGCUUGCCAGAGUGCGUUCCGGGUUGACGGGCAUGAUCUAUCGCCACACUGUCUCGAUGAAAGGCAAAGAUGUCCAAGACUCCGCGGCGUUGACCCUUAUGGGCACGGAUAUGGAACGCAUCGUCGAGUCCUUGACACUGGUCCAUGAGCUGUGGGCGUGCUUGAUCGAGGUUUUCAUUGGCGUCUGGCUGCUGACACGACAGGUGUCGUAUGCUGCGGUUCUGCCCCUUGUUGUCUGCCUCAUCUCCAUCGGAGCAUCAUCGCUCGUGUCCAAGCGAUUUGGACCUGCGCAGGUCUCAUGGGUGCAGUGCGUCGAGAAGUGUGUGGCAAGCACAGAUCAUAUGCUCAGUGACAUGAAGUUGGCAAAGAUGUUGGGCCACAUCAGCACCUCAUCGGAUCUCAUUCAACGCCUUCGAGCAACUGAGAUUGCCGCGUCGAAGACUUUCCGGAAGCUCAUCAUCUGGAUUGUGCUCCUAGGCAAUGCCCCUGGCGAGAUUGCACCAUUCGUGACUCUCGCCACAUAUGCAUUGAUGGCCUUGACGACGUCACAAAAAGGCAUCCUCGCAUCUCAAGCCUUCGCGGCACUCGCGCUGAUCAGCUUGGUCACGGAUCCCAUGGUUCGAUUCUGCCAAGCCUUGCCGUCUUUGGCGCAAGCCGCUGCUUGCUUUGAUCGUAUUCAGGCUUACAUGCUCAUUGAGGGUGAAGAUUCUCAUGCGACAGCGCCGUCAGGAUUCCCCGAGUCAUCUCUUCCCCUGAAACAACUAGAGAUGAUGUCACCCAACUCUCGGAACGAGGUAUUCACGUUUGAAAAAUGCCAGGUUGCUUGGAGUACAGAUGCACAGCCUGUACUGCACGACUUGACUCUUUCAUUUUCAACAGGCUUCACCGCAAUCACUGGGCCUGUUGGUUCCGGCAAGACCACAUUGUUGGCUUCCAUGAUUGGCGAAACAUCGAUUCUGGCAGGCAGCAGUUCUCCACGCCUCUCCCGUAUCGCAUUCUGCUCACAGACACCUUGGAUCCUGAAUGACAGCAUCCGCAACAACAUCAUUUGCACGUCAGGUCGCGAAGUUGACGAAGAGUGGCUGAAUACAUGCCUACACUUGACCAAGCUCCAAAAGGACAUCAGGGGUCUCGAAAAGGGCAUGGAAACAGCAGUACGGCCGAAUGGGCUAUUCCUGAGUGGCGGCCAGCGUCAACGCCUAUCACCGGCCAGGGCGAUCUACUCCAGGCACAAACUCGUGCUGCUGGAUGAUGUGUUCAGUGGACUGGGUCCAACAAUGGCCAUGGAAAUUGCCGGCCUGCUUUUUGGAUCACGAGGGUACUUUAGGAAUUCUGGCAUCUCCGUGAUCAUGGCGACACACAACAAUCGGGUCAUGUAUCUGGACACUGGCAAAGUCGUGGGCGAUGUCACAGCUGAGAAGUUGACCGAGCUCACUUCUCAGGAUAGGCUGAAAAGUCAAACUUGGAAGAAUUGGUCAAUGGAGGAGCAUGAGGUAGGGAGUUCGCAGCAUACGACGGAAGACACUACCCUGGGCAACUCGAAUGCGCAGGAGGAGCUCGACACUGAUCGUCAGAGGGGCAGUUGGUCUGUCUAUGCCUACUACGCUAAAAGUGCUGGUACGUGGUCACUCAUCACGUGGAUUACGUGCACAGUCACUGGCGCCCUGGCGUCGACUUUAUCCACACUCUGGGUCAACAAUUGGACAACAGCGUCAGAAGAGGAAAGCACACAGCGUGCUGCAUACUAUCUUGGCAUCUAUUUCCUUUGCACGGUCAUUGCCGUGGCCGCUACCUUCGGGGAAUGUUGGGCAUUCUUUCUCAAGAUCCUUCACACUGAUUUGCUGAGUUCUACAAUGACUGCGCCGUACGACUUCUUUCUCAAAACAGAUACAGGCUCUAUAACGAACAGAUUCAGCCAGGACAUGAACCUCAUUGAUAUGACUCUUCCAAUGCAAGCGACUGUGUUUACUUCUGGUUUCGUCUACUGUCUUGUCAGGGUUAUAGUUUUAGGCAUCUUGGGCAAGUUCUUCGCCCUCGCUGUGCCCGUGCUCGGUUUGGCACUUUUCCUGGUGCAGAGAUACUACCUCAGGACAUCACGCCGGGUGCGACUGCUCGACAUUGAGGCCAAGGCACCGUUGUACACGCACCUCACGGACAGCAUCAACGGUGUAGCCAUCAUUUGGGCGUACAGCAUCGAGCAGGCCUUCAGUGACAUGUUCGGCCACAUGCUGGACCAGUCUCAGAAGGCGUUCUACCUGCUGUUCCUCAUCCAGCAGUGGCUCACGUUGGUGCUGGACUUGAUCGUCGGCGCAUCGGCGGUCGUCCUGGUCGCCCUGGCGUUGAACAUGUCGGGUUCCGGUGGAAUCAGUGCCGGCUCGCUCGGCGCGGCACUUGUGCUGGUCAUCCAGUUCAGCUCGUUUUUAAUCGGAACCAUUCAAUCGUGGGUCAAGCUCGAGACGUCCAUCGGAGCAGUUGCUCGAGUUCGACAGUUCGUCCAGACCACUCCCAUUGAACCAGUAGGAAGCAAGGCACGGCCAGAGCGAUGGCCGCUUGAGGGUGCGGUACGGUUCGAAAACGUAGACGCAGCUUACACCGACGAUGGACCCUUGGUCCUUUCGAACCUGAGCAUGACCAUCCAGUCCGGCGAGAGAGUGGCCUUGUGUGGGCCUUCAGGGAGCGGCAAGUCAUCAGUACUCAUGUCGCUGUUGAGAAUGACCCAGGUCCGCGCUGGGCGUAUCCUCGUAGACGACGAAGACCUCGACAAGUUAUCCGCAGACGAGGUCCGCUCCUCCAUCAACGUGAUUUCGCAAGAGCCAUACUUUGUCCCAGGGAGUUUUCGCUGGAGUCUGGAUACCCGGAACCAAUCGUCCGAUGAGUACAUCGUGACAGCCCUGCGGAAAGUCCCCCUAAUGGACAAGAUUGAGCUAAAGGGUGGGCUUGAGGCCGGGCUCGUCACGUCUGAGUGGUCAACAGGAGAGCGGCAGCUGCUUAGCCUUGCGAGAGCCCUGCUUAGUCCGCAAAGGCUUGUGCUUAUCGACGAAGCGAUGAGCAAUGUGGAUGAACACACAGACAGUGCCAUGCAGCGCAUCAUCGACACCGAGUUUGCGGGUCGUGUGGUCAUCGCCGUGACACACCGGUACACUCACAUAGAGAAAUUUGACCGGGUGGCCGUGCUCAAGGCCGGCAAGCUUGUCGAGUUCGAUGAGCCGAAGCAUCUUUUAGAACAGCCUGGUUCCGCUUUUCAUCGACUCUUCCACGCGACCAAUCAUUAG